AUGUCUAUUGCUAUCGAUCUCUUCUUUGACCAGCAUAGCCUCCGCGUGGCCGACCAAGGAGGUCAAGAUGAAGAGCCCGUCUUCAACGAAGAGUACGACUUCAUCGUUGCAGGUGGGGGAACAGCCGGUCUCGUUCUGGCGAACCGUCUCACGGAGUCUGGUCGUUUUUCUGUGCUGGUCCUCGAAGCCGGUCCUAGUCCUGAGCAGGUCUUAUCACACGAAUCACCUGGCGGCAAUCAGUUCAUCAAAGGGAGUGUUAUCGACUGGGGUCUUUUGACCACACCACAAGAACACUUGAACAAUCGCACUCUGCAGUACCUUCGUGGACGAACCCUUGGUGGGUCUAGCACGACAAAUGGUCUUUAUUAUGCACGAGGCUCAGCCAGCGUGUACGAUCAUUGGGCCGAGUUGGGCAAUCCAGGAUGGGGCUGGAACGAUGUGUAUCGCCUGUUUAGGAAGAGUACAAAGAUGAAUGCGCCCACUGCAACACCAGAGCUUUCAGUGUUCAGCCAAGAUUACAAGACGUUCGACGCUGAUGCGUAUGGUGGAGGGCCACUGGAGCUAGGCUUCCAAGGAUAUGUCCCACCAUCUACAGAUGGUUUCAUUGUCGCUUGCAGCGAAGCUGCGAACAUACCUAUCGUCGAGGAUCUUAAUCUUGGUGACGGUGUAGGUGUGAAACACGGAACGGCUACCCUUAACAGUAUGCUCCGAAGAAGCUCUAGUUACGACAGCUUCUAUGAGCAAGCUCGCAACCGAACAAAUCUACGGGUUUUGCAUGACGCGCCUGUCACUGGAAUCGUUUUCAGCAGCCCAUCUGGCAAUGUGACAAACUCCACUAGCAGCAGACCGUGUGCCAUUGGUGUCAGCUAUAUCAACCAGUUGACUGGCUUUUCAAGUCAAGCAAGAGCACGAAACGAAGUCAUCGUAAGCAUGGGCGCUUUUCACUCGCCUCAGCUCCUCAUGAUCUCCGGCAUUGGCCCAGCUGCUGAAUUGGAGAAGGUCGGCGUACAGCCGGUCGUGAUUAAUGAAAACGUCGGCCGCAAUCUCAACGAUCACUCAGUGUUCAGUAUUAUGGCGCGUGCGCAGGAUAAUGCUUCCACAACUGACAUGUCUCGCACACCCCAAAAUUUGCGCGCCGCUCAAGAGGCAUACUACCAGAACCUCACCGGUCAAUACACUGCUCCAUCCGGCGUGACGAACGGUUUCCAGAAGCUCACCGAGCAGCAACUCCGCGACAUCGGUGCGCAAGCUGUCAUCGACGCCGGUCUAGCGAACCAAACACACAUUGAAUACCUAUUUGAGAGUGUCUGGUACCCGUGGAUUCCCACACCAUACUGGGCACCACUACCGAACGACUCCUACAUUUCCGUCACCGCUUCUAGCAUGGUCCAGCUGUCCCGCGGUACCGUGACUCUCCGCAGUGCCUCCAUGUCUGAUAGCCCCCUCAUUAAUAGCAAUUACUAUGCCGACCCCACCGAUAGCGCUGUCGGUAUUGCCUCGUUCAAAUAUCUCCGCUCCAUUCUUCGCCACCCGGCCUUGUCCCGCUUCACGAUCGGGCCGAACGCUGGUGAAGUCAGCCCUGGCCCCGCGGUUGCUGAUGAUGAUGAUGAAGCUAUCUUGGAGUACAUCAAAGCGAACACGAUUCCAAACUGGCAUGCUACUGGUACGAACCAAAUGCUGCCGUUGGAGAAUGGAGGUGUCGUAGAUAGUAGGCUAAGAGUGUAUGGCGUUGAUGGAUUGAGAGUCGUUGAUUGUAGCAUUGUACCGGUACUUCCGGAUGCUAACAUCUUGGCGAGUAUUUACAUGGUGGCAGAGAAGGGUAGCGAGAUGGUCAGGGAAGAUUGGGGUGAUGAGAUGUCUUACUGA